AGGAAGCUCAGAACAUUCUGGAAAUCCAGCUCUUCCAUUUAUAAUCUCCCCCACCCUUCCCGUCCCUUGCAUUCUCAAAUCUUCAGAGCUCAUUCGUAUUCCACAGAUUCCUUGUUUCGUAUUUGGCUUUUCGUUUUUUUGUGAUUGUUUAUUGAGAGAAAAGAAGAAAUUAUGGCCGGAAAAGGUGAAGGACCGGCGAUCGGUAUCGACUUGGGCACCACAUACUCCUGCGUCGGAGUUUGGCAACACGACCGUGUAGAGAUCAUAGCCAAUGAUCAGGGGAACCGAACCACUCCCUCCUAUGUCGCCUUCACGGAUACUGAGCGUCUCAUCGGCGAUGCCGCCAAGAACCAGGUCGCCAUGAACCCUACUAACACCGUCUUUGAUGCUAAGCGUUUGAUUGGGAGGAGAUUCAGCGAUCCAUCGGUGCAGAGCGACAUGAAGUUAUGGCCAUUCAAGGUGAUUGCCGGCCCCGGCGACAAGCCGAUGAUCGUAGUGAGCUACAAGGGAGAGGAGAAGCAAUUCUCGGCAGAGGAAAUCUCUUCAAUGGUUCUUACAAAGAUGAAGGAGAUCGCAGAGGCUUUUCUGGGAACCACGGUCAAGAACGCAGUGGUCACGGUCCCUGCUUACUUCAAUGACUCGCAGCGACAGGCCACGAAGGACGCCGGCGUUAUUUCCGGCCUCAAUGUCAUGCGUAUCAUCAACGAGCCCACCGCAGCGGCGAUUGCGUACGGGCUGGACAAGAAAUCCAGCAGCUCCGGCGAGAAGAACGUGCUGAUUUUCGAUCUGGGCGGCGGCACUUUCGAUGUUUCUCUGCUCACGAUUGAGGAGGGGAUCUUCGAGGUCAAGGCCACCGCCGGCGACACGCAUUUGGGCGGCGAGGAUUUCGAUAACAGAAUGGUGAACCAUUUCGUUCAGGAGUUUAAGAGGAAGAACAAGAAGGAUAUCAGUGGGAAUCCCAGGGCUUUGCGGCGGUUGAGAACGGCGUGCGAGAGGGCUAAGAGGACUUUAUCCUCCACUGCCCAGACCACCAUUGAAAUAGAUUCUCUGUUUGAAGGGAUUGAUUUUUACACCACCAUUACCAGGGCGAGGUUCGAGGAGCUAAACAUGGAUUUGUUCAGAAAAUGUAUGGAGCCGGUGGAGAAGUGCUUGAGGGACGCGAAGAUGGAUAAGAGCAACGUCGAUGAUAUCGUCCUCGUCGGCGGCUCCACAAGAAUCCCCAAGGUCCAGCAAUUGUUGCAGGAUUUCUUCAACGGGAAGGAGCUCUGCAAGAGCAUCAACCCAGACGAAGCCGUGGCCUACGGCGCCGCCGUCCAGGCGGCGAUCCUGAGCGGCGAAGGGAACGAAAAGGUUCAAGAUUUACUCCUACUCGACGUCACUCCCCUGUCUCUCGGUCUGGAGACCGCCGGCGGGGUCAUGACUGUUUUAAUCCCCAGAAACACCACCAUCCCCACCAAGAAAGAACAAGUUUUCUCCACCUAUUCCGACAACCAGCCCGGCGUUCUAAUCCAGGUUUACGAGGGGGAAAGAGCCCGGACAAAAGACAACAACUUGCUAGGCAAAUUCGAGCUCUCCGGCAUCCCGCCGGCCCCGAGAGGCGUCCCGCAGAUCACCGUCUGCUUCGACAUCGACGCCAACGGGAUCCUUAACGUGUCAGCCGAAGACAAGACCACCGGGCAGAAGAACAAGAUCACCAUCACCAACGACAAGGGCCGGCUGUCCAAGGAGGAGAUUGAAAGAAUGGUGCAAGAAGCCGAGAAGUACAAGUCGGAGGACGAGGAGGUGAAGAAGAAGGUGGAGGCCAAGAACGCCUUGGAGAAUUACGCGUACAACAUGAGGAACACCAUCAAGGACGAGAAGAUCGGCGGGAAGCUGGCGGCGGCGGAUAAGAAGAAGAUCGAAGACGCGGUGGAAGAAGCCAUACGCUGGCUCGACGGGAACCAGCUGGCGGAGGCGGAUGAAUUUGAAGACAAGAUGAAGGAGGUGGAGGGCAUCUGUAAUCCGAUCAUAGCGAAGAUUUACCAGCAGGGCGGAGAUGCCAUGCCCAUGGAUGAUGAAGAGGUUCCUCCUGCCAGUGCUGCUGGACCAAAGAUUGAAGAGGUUGACUAAAACCAACCAAAUUUUCUUCAUGCGCCUGGGAUGUUGUUUUCAUUGUUUUACUUGUGUUAUUAUGCCAUUGAUUUUCUUGCUUAAUUAAUCACCAACCCUUGUUUUGAGGCA